ACACUCGGCUGCUUGUGGCAGCGCAUAAGAGAAGAGCGAGGAGGAGGAGGAAGAGAAUUCACAGACGAAGACGACAAGGAUGGAGUCUGAAGAGAAUCUACUUCAUUCGUUUCUACUUCUGCUUCUGCUGGCAACCUCCUUCACUCUGGUGGGUCCAGCGGCCCCCCGGGACCCAGACCGAGACCAGCACCAAUGGCACGUGUUCAGUUCUGCUCAGGACUCUGCAGGCCGGUGCAUGUGCACGGUGGUGACCCCCCAGCACAGCGUGUGCUCCAAAGACACUCGAAGCAAACAAGUGCGACACCUGCUGGAGAAGGUGCAGAACAUGAGCCAGUCCAUUGAAGUCCUGGACCAGCGCACGCGGCGAGACCUGCACAUGGUGGAAAAGAUGGAGGCGGAGCUAAAAGGCUUGGAGAACAAGUUCAAAGAGGUGGAGGCGGGGCAUGAGAGCAACAUGGCCAGGCAGUACCAGUCCAUCAAGGUGAAGAUGGAGGAGCUACGUCCUCUCAUCCCGCUUCUGGAGGCCUACAAGGCCGACGCGCUGCUGGUGAGACGCUUUAAGGAGGAGGCGGCCAACGUGACGGCGCUGCUGGGUUCGCUGCAGGACCAGCUGGGAGUUCUAGACUACCAGGACGUGCAUGGCCGGGUGGUGAGCCUGGAGGAGCGUCUGCGGGCCUGCAUGCAGCGGCUAGCUUGUGGGAAGCUAACGAGAAUAGCCGAACCCGUCACCAUAAAGACCUCCGGAUCCAGGUUCGGAUCGUGGAUGACGGACCCGCUCGCGCCGGCCGGAGACAACAGCGUGUGGUACAUGGACGGUUACCAUAACAACCGCUUUGUUCGGGAGUACAAGUCCAUGCAGGACUUCAUGACCACAGACAACUUCACGUCCCACCGCCUGCCUCACCCGUGGUCGGGGACGGGUCAGGUGGUCUACAACGGCUCGCUGUACUUCAACAAGUUUCAGAGUCACACCAUCAUCAAGUUCGACUUGAAGUCAUCGCUCAUCAGCCGCUCGCGCCAACUUGACUUCGCCGGCUACAACAAUAUGUACCACUACUCCUGGGGGGGGCACUCCGACAUCGACCUCAUGGUGGACGAGGGCGGGCUGUGGGCCGUCUACGCCACCAAUCAGAACGCAGGAAACAUCGUACUCAGCCAGUUGGACCCAAGCAGUCUUCAGGUGCUCCGCAGUUGGACCACCAACCAUCCCAAACGUAGCGCCGGCGAGGCCUUCAUGAUCUGCGGAACUUUGUAUGUCACCAACGGCUACUCGGGCGCCACCAAAGUGUACUAUGCCUUCGCCACCAACUCGUCCACCUACGAGUACAUCGAUGUCCCCCUCGGGAACACCUACGGACAUCUGUCCAUGCUGGACUACAACCCUCGAGACAGGGCGCUCUACGCCUGGAACAAUGGCCGCCAGGUCCUCUACAACGUCACGCUCUACCACAUCAUACAGUGACACGCCAUCACAUC